AUGGCUUCUCUCUCCAUGGCUUCCGUUAACCUCAGUUUCUCUCCGUUACGCGCUUCUCCCAAAGCUUCUUCCCCUCACGGCUCCGUUCAAUUCGCUCGAUUCAACAACACGUCGACUCUUGGCUCAACUCACUGCAUUUCUGGGCUUCGCGCGGUUUUCCCUCAGAAGAUUUCCACAAUCGUUUCGACGAAUUCUCAGAGGCUUCAGUCUCUUACCGUUUUCGCUCACAAGGGCUACAAGAUGAAGACCCACAAGGCCUCAGCGAAGCGGUUCAGAGUGACGGGUAGGGGGAAGAUAGUGAGGAGGAGAUCCGGAAAGCAGCAUUUGUUAGCUAAGAAGAACAACAAGAGGAAGUUGCGUCUAUCGAAAAUGACCGAAGUGAACCGGAGCGACUAUGACAACGUGAUCGGCGCUCUACCAUACCUGAAAGUCAAUCGAAAGGCGACUUAA